GCAAUAUCUAAUAAAGCAACUGUUCAAAUCCUUUAGCCCAAUGCUGCAUGCGUUGCCUAGCAACGUGGUGUCAACUUCCUUUUCCACAACACUAAACUUACAGCCUGUUUCUUCUGACCGGCUGUCAUGCUAAUUAUGUAUCUUGAACUUUCCUUCAGUUUGUAAACAAAAACAAAAACAAAAAACAGUUUCUUUCUAGGUCACACAAUGGGAAAGAAAGUGAAGAAAGAGAGCGAAAGUCCAUGCAAAGAUACGUUUGAACCACUACCUGUUGAAGGCAAAACUCCAGCUACAGUAGUGCUGCUGCUGAGCUCCCCAGAGGAGGACAUCCUCAUCAAAGCUUGUGAAGCAAUCCACACAUUUGCAGAGAAAGGAGAUGAGAACAAGGUUUCUUUGCUGGGUCUUGGGGCAUUGGAGCCUCUCUGUCAGCUCAUCACUCACAACAACAAGCUGGUCAGACGUAAUGCUUUCAUGGCCUUGGGCAUCAUGGCCACCAACGGUGAUGUGAAGAGUGCUCUGAAAAAAAUAGAUAUUAUUCCAUCAAUCAUUGACAAACUAUCACAUGAAGAAGAUACAGUUGUCCAUGAGUUUGCAACACUCUGCCUGGCCUCUCUGUCAGUGGAUUUCGUCUGUAAAGUGCAGAUAUUUGACAACAACGGUCUGCCACCUCUAAUCCAACUCCUAUCCAGUCCAGACCCUGAUGUCAAGAAGAACUCACUAGAUAUCAUCUUUAACCUGGUUCAGGACCACCAAAGUCGUCUGGCAGUACAUGAGUUGAGCGGGAUCCCUCCACUUCUGGAACUACUGAAUUCGGACUUCCCUGUUAUUCAGCAUUUGGCUUUAAAGACGCUGCAGAAUGUCACCACUGAUAAAGAUACAUGCAAAACCUUCAGGGAAGAGCAAGGAUUUGAAAAGCUCAUGGAUAUCCUCAGUAGCACGGACUUCAGUGACCUUCAUGCUGGGGCCCUACAGGUAGUUGCUAACUGUAUGAGUGACAGUGAGAGUUUACAAUUGAUCCACAAAGAUGGAGGAUUGAGGAGGCUGAUGGAGUUUGUUCUUACCCCGGACAUGCCUGAAAUCCAGUUGAAUGCUGUUAAAUGCAUCGCCAGGGUUGCUCAGAGCUCUGAGAAUCGCAAAGUGCUCCAUGAGCAGAAUGUGGAGAAAGUUCUGGUCCAGCUUCUAUCUGUGGCUGACAUCAGUGUGAAAACAGCUACCUGCCAGGCUGUGUCUGCCAUGAGCUUCCACCUAGCCAGUAAAGACAGCUUCAGAGACCUGGGUGGUAUCCCUGCAGUUGUACAGUUGAUGAACAAUGAGAGUUUGGUGCUGAAAGAGGCAGCAACCCAGGCCCUGUCUAAUCUCACACAUAGAAACCUGCUCAACACAUUUGCAGUGUACGAGGCAGGAGGCCAUGAGAUCCUUGUCGAGCAGCUGUGUGGAAGCUGUCUGAGGACGGUGGCAAACUCUGCUGCCACACUUUGCAACAUGGCAGGACAGGAGGUCAUUCGCUGCAGCAUCUUGUCUCGUGGAGCCAUAAAGGCUCUGAUGGAGCCUGUGAAGUCCACAGAUACGCAGAUCCUGGUUAACACAACACUGCUCCUGGCAAUACUGGCCUGUGAUGCAGAAGCUAGGACAGAGCUACAAAGUGCUGGAGGACUUCAACCACUGGUCAAUUUGCUGCGUUCCUAUCACAAAGAGGUGUUGCACAAUGCAUGCUUGGCAAUCAAUGUCUGUGCCAUUGAUGUGGCUGCUGCUGUGGAGAUGUGCAAAUUUGGAGCCCUGGAAAUGCUUCAGGAAAUCAACCAAUCAGUGAAUAGAAGGAGCAGUUUCAGCGAGAUUACCAUGAUCAGCCUCCUUAACUCCAAUUUACCUGUCAAAUACAGCCUGACAGGUCAUUUGGCCUCCACUGACCUUAUUACUGAUGGCUUCUAUGAUGCUGGGAAGGCUCAUGCAGGCCAGAGGAUUCUGACUUUAGAGGAACUGUCCAAGCAGCAUGUCAAUGAGCACCGACCCACCAUUGUUAUCAACACAGCAACAGAAGAGACAGAGGAUGUGCCAGAGGAGAGGCAGAGCAACCAAUCAGAAACAGAUAGCAGCAUCAAAGGAGGUGGCAGGACAUCAAGGAGGAAAAAAGAGGAUGACAAACAAAAAGAUGAGCCCCAGCCUGAGCCUCCUACAGAGAAACUGUGGAAGAUGAUGGAUGAUGUCUCAUUGCGGAUUCUCGUUAAAGAGGCCAAAGAAUCCAUCCUCCCACUGAGUGAUGAACGAGAGCAGUGUGUUGCCUUGGCCAGGCUGGUGAGUGAAGCCAUGGGUGGAGCAGUGGAGAUGGAAAAGCUGCAUGAAUUCCCAUGGGUGCUGCACCUCAGCGAGCUCAAGUUUAAGCUUCAGUCUAAUGUUGUUCCUAUCGGUUUGAUCAGCAGGGGAAUCUACUGCCACAGGGCACUUCUCUUUAAGUGUCUGGCUGAUUGUAUAGGAAUGAGCUGCACACUUGUUAGGGGUGAGUACAACCGAGCUUGGAACGAAGUACUCCUCUUCAGCGGGAAUCUCUCCAGGAAUAAGCACUCUUCACAGCUCUGCCGCUAUAUAGUAGACCUUAUGCACCAGCCUGGAAGCCUGCUGACAGCCAACACACCUGCUGCUGUGCAAUACCAGACUAUAUAGACCAACACUGUAGUGCAGAAAUACUGUACUACUUAAUGCUGUGACCAAAUAUUUCAAAGAAAUGCAUUGAUUUGAAUUGUUUGUGUUAUUACUGUAUGGCAGACCUUUAAACCACACAACAUUAUUAAGUUGAUUAUUCCGUUGCAUGCAAAAGCCAAAAACGAAAAAUGCUCUUUGUCUGCUUCUCUAAUAAAAAACUUGUUCUUUGCCACGGAGGAUUCAUAACGUUGUAACUGCAGAGAAAAGGCAUGUCGGGUCAAACAAUGCCCCAGUGCACCACAGUUAAACUCUGCAAAUUGGACUUGUUUAUCAGGUCUUUAUCUGCUGUCACUGCGUCAGCUCAGAUUAUUGAAAGGAAAAUAUGUUUUUCA